AUGGAGAACCUCCCCCAGGACGCCCUGCUUGCGGUGCUGGUUCUCGUGCCCGCCCAAGACCUGGUGCUUCGCUGCCGGCUGGUCUGCUCCCUCUGGCGCGGGCUGGUAGACUUGCCUUCGCUCUGGAGGCUCAAGUGCCAACGGGAGGGCUACCGGCCGGAGCCGCUGGACAGCCACGUCCCGGACUGGCGGGAUUUCUACUUUCUCUGCAGCCUGAAGAAGAACUUGAUCAAGAACCCCUGUGCUGAAGGCUUCGAACCCUGGCAGAAAGAGUCGGAUGGAGGCAGUGGCUGGAAAAUCGAGCAGCUUCCGGGAGAUCAUGGGAGAAAUUUCCCUCUUCCCCACGUUAAGAAGUACUUCGUGACGUCUUACGGAUCAUGCAUGAAGAGGCAGCUGAUCACCCUACGGGAUGACGGCUACUGCGACCAGUUGAUGGACGACAUCCGGCCUGAUAUUGUGGUGAGCGACUGGUACGCCGCACGUUUCGACUGCGGCUGCCAGUACCAAAUCUGCGUGAGGCUCCUGUCCAAAGACUAUAUUGUUCUCCAGGAGUUUCUGCCGGAAAAGGUGGAGAUCGAACAGUGGAGUGAUGCAGAAUGGCGCAAGGUGUCGUACACGUUUCACAACUACCCUCCUGGGGUCCGUCACAUCUUAUUUAGUCACGGAGGCCAAGACACGCAAUUCUGGGAUGGCUGGUAUGGUGUGCGAGUGACCAACAGCAGCCUCACUCUGGGUCCCCAAGUGGCAGAUUGAUGGACAAGGGCUGCUACGGUUUGAAUGGACUACAACUC